ACAACCACUGGCGAUUUGCCUGCCAACGAGCAUCUGAACAUGGCAGCCCCCCAACCAACUACCACAACAUUCAGACCCUCAGCAACCCCUUCCUACUGGACGCUGGUCCUCUUCCACCUCACGAUACCAUCGAUCCCAGACGCAUGGCGGAAUUUGAUCAGCUCCCAGGAAUACUCAAGUCCGACAAUCUACGCGGUUCUGCUGACAAUCCAUCGUUCGAUCAAGGCGAUAUGCAGCCUAGUCACUUUGCUCACUCGUUUCCGAUCCUCUACUCGUCAUUCUCAAAGCUCAUCCGAACUCAGUCGGGCUUUGGAGGCUGGCUUGAAAAAUGAAAUCAGGAAUGCUCGGGUGCGCAAGAUGUAUCGGGAUGAUGAAGAUUCAAGCGAAGAGACAACAGCCCUAUUAGCAUCAAGUUCGGCUCAGAAUGAGCACCAAGCUCAGGACAAAAGUAAAAGCGCGCUGAGUAACUUAGUCGUUUGGAGGGUUUCUUGGAUCAUCAACCAUUCGAAGCAACUUCAGACAACUAAAUUGGCCAUAUGCAGCGAAGGUUCAGAUCCCAAAGAACUCUCUGAGGCUAUUGUAGCCAUCAAAAGCAUCAAUCCAAUCUUUUCACCGACUUUAGUUGAAUGUCUCAAAAUAAUCCAAAGCGCAUCGAGAACUCGAAAUGUGAUUGAGGAACGAUCCAAAAUCACUUAUCAGCCCGAGUUGCAUAAGCACAAAUUCAAGGAAUUACUCAAGCUACUAAAACCUAGUCAAGACUACGAUACAAUACCCCCAAAGGGCUGGCAAGAAAUAGGGUUUCAAGGGACUGAUCCGUCAACCGAUCUUCGAGGUGCUGGAAUCCUUGGGCUGGAUGCUUUGAUAGCAUUUGGAAGGUACUACGGAUCUGCCGGCCAGGACAUCGUGACCGAGGCGAUCGAGGGCGGGUCUUCAUGGUACCCAUGGGCACUUGCAUCAAUCAACAUAACAUGGUGGUGCAUAUCACUCAUCAAGACCAACCAACUCAAUUGUUUCCUACUUUCUCCAUCUGGGACGACAUCUUCAAAUCCAGAUAAGAGGAAAGAAGAAGAGACUCUGAUGGAAGAUAUCCCACAAGAGCUGCAUGGAUUCUUGGUCCUUCAACUGAAACUAACGCUCCUAUUCCACCAUUUCUGGCUGAAUCUGCAGCCUCGACCGAGCGUGAUGGACUUCGAAACCAAGUUCAAAGUCUUCAAACAACUCACUCAACAAGGUUUGGCUAAGGGAUUCAUUGGUGGCAUGGGUGUUGGCUGGAUUCUUGAUCCAAGUGCCCCUGAUUUCGCACAUCAUCAGGUACUGGUGAAAUUCUGACAUAUGACAAGAAAGUGUUGUCUUGGCCCUCUUGCUCUUUGUUUGUUUAUGUGUACAGCUUUGGCAGCUAACACUUCGCCUGUACAAUGAUCAAUCAUGAGGCUUGGCUAAUCUAUAUUGCAAUGUCUAGUGUUCUGACUUGCAGUAAUGCCAUAGUUUCUGUUCUUUUCUUUCUUAGUUCACUUCACUCAAUUUUGUACUGUUCUGUUAAAUGCAAGGCACUAUAUUGGCCAUGAUUGAUGUGUAGGAUUGUUCUUAUUGCAUGUUUCCUUUCUAACUGAAGUAAACAAAUCUUCUUGAAUGUUAUCUGUUAGGAUGCAUCUCCACUUAUUUCAUAUCUUCAGUUUAAGCUACUAUGUCUGUAAUGCCACAUGCGAUCACAGACAGAA